GCUCUUACUCGAUACGUUAUUCUGUCAGGAGCCGCUAUGGAAAUUCAACGAUCCGAUCCCCAGUCGCAAUCGCCCACCACGACGCGCAGCCAAACCCUUCCCAGCCCCGAGAGCCUCCUCGCUACAGCAAAAUCCUAUCUCAAUGUCUUCACAACCCUGAACGCGUCCACCAUCGCCCACAUCCAAACCUCGGACUACACACACGAGUUCGCGCCCCAAUCCACCAACCCCCCUGGGCUUCUCUCUCGCGCCGAGUUCGCAGAUUUCGUCUCGCAUCUUCGGAGUGUCAUUCACGAUUUCAAGGUCACAGCUCGGGAAAUAUGGCCGAAUCCGAGCUUAAGGCAGGUGGUGAUCCGCGCGGAUAGCGCGCCUGCGUUUCGGGAUGAGGUGAAGGAUGGCGAGGACGAGGAUGAAUGGACGUACAGGGGCGAGUACAUUUCUAUCCUGACUUUCGAUCAGAAGAGGGAAAAGGUGAGCAGGGCUCUGGAAUUUGUAGAUAGCAAGGGGACGGAUAGGGUGAAGGCGCUUAUAGCGCGGGCCUGGGCGAAGAAAGAGAGCCUUGAGAGGAAAUAGCGGAUGUACUGUCUAGAUGCUUAAUUGUCGGUUCCCUCGUGGUUGGCAAUACGGAAUAAGGUAACUGCCUACCUCGGGAGAGCCCUCGUGGGUGGUGCCGGCAGCGAAAGUAAUCCGUCGACCGUCGCUACUGAAUUUGUCAGCUUGGGUUACUUCCCAGUGGGAGUGCGAUUAAAGUUAAGCACUUGCCGGCGAUAUAUCCUUCGACCCCGAAGAAGACAGAAGCUAUACACUUCUCCGAAGCCCC